UACGCCGAAAAGCCAUAAAGCAGAACGGUGCACGGCGCUAACUUCGUAACAGCCUUGUCAGCCAAAGUUUGGUUCUCGAAACAUUCGACAACGAAGUGCCAUCUGCCUAUCAUAACUAAAUUAACUAACCAAUCACGUGCUGUCAAUAGACUGAUUGGUUUCCCAUCAGCGGCUCAAGCGAAUACAAUGUCCCGCUGGAUGACCUUAGGGAUCAGCAUUGGAUGCGUUGUGGUGGCCGUUCAGUCUCAUCGGUUCUGCAAAACGUCCAACAGCGGAAUGUUUCGCUGCCAACCAUACGUCAAUGAUAACAUGGACAUUCCCCGCACGUUUGACGUGGACAUCAUUCCCGACACGGACAAUGUGACGAGCCUUGUCCUUUACUGCGAUACAGUUUUCGAGCGGCAACCCGGUCAGCGCUACUGUACGCUGCUGCGGAACGAGCACCGCAGUAUUCCAGCCCGAAGAUAUCUAACGAGAAUAUCUCUGUACGGGUUUUUCGAAGAGAACGGCCAACGACCUCCGUUCAGACAUUUUUUGCAGCAUGUGCGCAACACCACCGAGGAGCUGGCCAUCCAGGACAGCAAAAUUAGCUAUCUGGAUGCGCAUUUCUUUGCUCCUUUCAGGAGACUGCGCAGCCUCGAUUUAUCCAGCAACGACAUCUACGAUAUCGCGCUUGACUCGUUUCAGCCGCUGCAACCGGUAGCAGUCGACGGUUCCCUGAACCUGGCCGGAAAUGCUUUACAGGAGAUGGGUUUGGCUGUAUUCAAGCCGCUCGCGUCUUGGCUGAGCGUUCUAGGGCUGUACAAACAACAUCCUCCAAUGCGGAAACUGCACAUGAGCGGGCCUCGCUUCGAGUUUCCCGUUUUGUCUAGCUUCCACUUAGGCGAUAACGCCGCUACAUUGCAGCCCGAGAUUUUUGACUCCAUGCCGAACAUCCGUCAUCUCGGUCUGUAUGGCAGUGAAAUCUGUGACGUCUGUGACUGUUCCUGCUGCGAAGCGCAGCCGUUCCUUCAGCGCCUGUCCAAUUUCACCGGCUCUGGUCGGACCUUUGAAUUCCAGUGUAGUUGGUUUAAACAUUACGAUCCUGGCGAAUUUGCCGUCGAUUAUUCCGGACUUCUCAAAUCCUCUCCUUGUCCCCGGUGUGUGGAGCCAGAUCCGGUCGAUAUCCUUUGCCAAAACGGUAGCAUCUCGUCAUCAGAUCCGAACCCAGAAGAAACUGACUCCCUCCUGAUCCGCUUCACCAGUGACGCCGCACCACAAUGCACCAGCACCUUCCAUGACCUUUACCAAACCAUCCUGGAUCUGGGCAACGUGACGCACCCCGAACCCGGAUCUUCAGCCGCCGUGACACUCUUCUGUCGCGCUAACCGGACUUUUGUCUGGGGUCCGGACGUAAGCAUUAAGAACCCGUUAAAGGUCAUCGUCGACACGGAUCUCAGUCCGCACUGCCACCACGUUCGUGUGCGAUUUUUGAAAGCGACCCGCCAUCAUAUUUCGAACGAGGCGAUCGACCGUAUCGCACCGUCUAUCAUCCCCAUUCAAACUUGGAUCAAGGACCAUUUGGUGUGUCCGCUUGGUGCCCCGUUAUUUGUCAACUGCACCAACGGAACGGUCGUUUCGUAUCCGGCUCCGUUGAACCAAACCAAAUCUACCAUUCUCCACAUUCGUAGCGACCUGUCGCUUGUGUGUCAGGAAUUUGUUAAAGGUUGUCAUAAAUAUUUGCUGGAAGCAGAAGGAGUAACGGUGCAGGAUUACGCUGCGGACAGCGCUUCACAAGACGUGGUUGCGGCUGUUUGCCAGCGUGGUCGUAUUAUCCUGUCGGGCGCCAGUCCGAAGCGGCAUUUGACAUACUACGCAGCGCCGAACGAUCCCUGUCAACGACGUAACCGGGCGUUUCUCAACCAUAUUCAACCGAACAACACCUACCUCACUUGA